AUGGCGCCAAUCAAGCGCAAGGGGAAUGUCCCGGAAGAAACGGCUGCUCGUCAGCCCCAAAAGCGCGCCAAAGUUGGUGCUGAAGAACGCAAAAAAGACCAGAAGCCUAAGGAUACCGCCCCGAAGACUUCGGAGCUUUCUUUGCUAAGAGAAGAGGAGCCGUCUUUUCCUCGUGGAGGAGGAAGUGUUUUGACUGCUCUGGAGCGCAAGAAGAUCAACAUCCAAGCUACUCAAGAUGUUUUAUUCGAACAAAAGGGCCCCAAAAAGACACCUCGCGAACUAAACGACGACGAUGACGAUGAGGAGGAAGAAUUCGACGCCGUGGACGAAGAGACUGCGGCUCCAGCAAAAAAGUCAAAGAAGAAGGGCAAAAAGAACAAGAAGUCUGGAGAGAGUGAAAAGUCUGAAAAGGCGGCUGUUCGUAUUGAGCCUCUCAAUUUUAAGCGCAUUGUACCUGGAUCAAUGAUUCUGGGCCAGGUAUCAAAAAUCAACACACACAACGUCGCGCUAUCUUUGCCAAAUAACUUGACUGGCUACGUCUCCCUCACAUCCAUUUCGAAAACCCUCGACGACAAAAUUGAGAAACUUCUUAAUGAAGAGGAAGACCAGGAAGGCGAAGAAAGUGAAGAUGAGGAAUCUAUUGAUCUGAAGGACUAUUUCUAUUUGGGCCAAUACCUCCGUGCCUAUGUUGUUUCUACAGGCACUGAUGGCACCGAAGUCGGUGGUCGCAGCAAGAAGCGCAUUGAGCUCGCAGUCGACCCUAGACAGGCAAACAGUGGUCUUACUAAAUCCGACCUGGUAGUUGAAUCAGCUGUCCAAGCCUCAGUUGUUAGCGUUGAAGAUCAUGGUCUCGUUAUGGAUCUUGGUAUCGAAGGUUCUGACCUGAAGGGUUUCAUGUCGUCCAAAGAGAUUGAUCCUCGUGUGGAACACUCUACUAUCAAGGAAGGUUCUGUCUUCAUGUGUAUUGUCACUGGUCAGAACUCAGCUGGUAACGUCGUCAAACUCUCUACCAAACUGCGAUCAGCUGCCUCUAUCAAACAACAUUACCUUAGCGCCGCCCCUACAAUUGGUUCAUUCCUUCCGGGUGUUGCAGCUGAGAUCUUGUUGACUGAGGUUACCGAGACCGGCAUGAUGGGCAAAAUCAUGGGAAUGCUUGACGCUACCGUUGACUUGGUUCAAUCUGGAGCCAAUGACGGCAAACUCGACCUGGUGCGAAAAUACAAGGUUGGAGCCAAGAUUAAGGGUCGUAUUGUCUCAACUUUUCCUUCUGCGGAGCCAUUCAAAGUGGGAUUCUCUCUGUUGGACCAUGUGCUCAAACUCGCAUCCGAUGCCCAAGGCCUCGGUUCAUCUGAGGAGACUCCUGCUAUUUCCGCUAUCAUCCCAGAAGCCAAGAUCAUCAAGGUCGAUCCUGCUCUGGGUGUCUAUGUUCAGAUUGGUGAAACUAAACAUCUUGGAUUCGUUCAUAUCUCGAAGCUCUCCGAUGGCAAAGUUGAAUCCAUCUCUUCUGAGAUCGGUCCAUUCAAGGUUGGCGCUUCGCACGAGGCCCGAAUCAUUGGAUACAGCGCUCUUGAUAAUCUGUACCUACUCUCCUUCGAGAAGACUAUUCUUGAGCAGCCGUUCCUUCGCCUUGAAGAUGUUACUGUUGGAGCUAUUGUGAAGGGAAAGAUCGAAAAGCUUCUGAUCAAGUCUACUGGCAUUGAUGGCUUGAUUGUCAGUCUCGCAGAUGGCAUUUCUGGUCUAGUACCGUCGAUGCACUUCGCGGACACCCAGCUUCAAUUUCCCGAGAAAAAGUUCCGUGAAGGACUCAAGGUUUCCGCCAGAAUCUUGUCUGUUGACCUCGAGAAGCGACAGAUUCGGUUGUCCUUGAAGAAGAGUCUACUGAACAGCGAAGCCCCGGUAUGGGACGACUACAAAAAGAUCAGCGCCGGGUCCCAAUCACCUGGCACUAUUGUCAGCUUGCAGACCCACGGUGCUGUCGUCCAAUUCUAUGGCACUGUCCGUGGAUUCCUCCCUGUGUCCGAAAUGAGUGAGGCCUACAUUAAGGAUCCCGCUCAGCACUUCAGACUCGGCCAGGUCGUGAAUGUGCAUGCUCUGAGUGUUGAUGCGGCCCAAGGAAGACUUGCUGUUUCUUGCAAGGACCCGUCAACCUUCACCGAGCAAUACCGCAAAGCCUUCGAAAACAUCCACCCCGGCUUACUUAUUGCUGGAACCGUCUUCGAGAAAUCCAACGAUGAUGCACUUUUGAAACUCGAUGAAUCCGGCCUCGUGGCACGUCUAGAUGUCUCUCAUGUCAUUGAUGGAUCUCCAUCGAAGCAAAGCUCUACUCUAUCAAAGAUCCGAGUCGGCCAGAAGCUGAAUGACCUUCUGGUUCUCGAUAUCCAACGUGCGCACCGUCUGAUUCGUGUUUCUGGGCGCGCCAGCCUGAAGAAGGCUGCUAAGGACGGAUCUAUGCCUAGCAAGUUCACCGACAUUGAAGAAGGGUCUAAGAUCACUGGUUUCGUCCGCAACAUCACUCCCGAGGGUCUGUUUGUUGAGGUCCUGGGUGGUUUGACUGGAUUCCUACCUAAGCGUUUGAUUGAAGAUGCCAACCUCACGCAGCCGCAAUUCGGAACAUCGAAGGGGCAGACGAUGACAGUUACCGUCCAAGACGUUGACACUGAUCUCCAGCGAUUCACUCUGUCUCAAAAGGCUUCUGGAAAGUCUAAGCCUGAAACUAAGACCAAGACACCUGUGUCAAAUGACACUCUCAGCAACCCAGUUGACGACAGCAUCAAAUCAAUCGCUGAUUUGACCUUCGGACGAAUUGUCAAGUGCAAGGUUGCUUCUGUCAAGUCCACCCAACUUAAUGUGGUCUUGGCCGAUAACAUCCAAAGGCGCAUUGAUGUCUCUGAGAUCUUCGACAAAUGGGAUGAACUCAAGGACCGUAAGCAGCCAUUACGAUUCUUCCGUGCUAAGCAAGAGCUGUCAGCCCGCAUUCUCGGUGUCCAUGACGCUCGCAAUCACAAGUUUCUGCCAAUUUCCCACCGAAGCGGCAAGUACCAGGUCUUCGAGCUUUCUCUCAAGCCCAGCUUCAUCAAGGCCGCUGAGCCUCAGCCUCUAGACAUGGAACAUGUCAAGGUCGGCUCGUCCUGGAUGGGCUUCGUCAACAACAUCGCCGACAGUUGUCUCUGGAUCAACCUCUCCCCCAAUGUACGAGGAAGACUGCGUUUCAUGGAUGCAUCGGACGAUCUUUCUCUCCUGACUGAUGUUGAGAAGAACUUCCCCAUUGGAUCUGCCUUGAAGGUCCAAGUUACCGCUGUCGAUGCGAGCAAGGGCCACCUGGACCUCACCGCUAAGCAGGGCUAUGACAAGCUUGCAUUUGGAGACGUCUCAGUUGGCAUGAUUCUCCCUGGACGUGUGACCAAGGUGACCGACAAGCAAGUCAUCAUGCAGCUUGGAGAAGCUCUUGUGGGUGCUGUCAACCUGAUUGACCUUGCCGACGAUUACUCCAAGGCAAACCCAGCAGCCUACAGCAAGAAUGAGGUGCUUCGUGCCUAUGUCGUCGGCGUUGACAAGUCGAACAAGCGAAUUCAUCUCUCGCUUCGUCCUUCAAAGGUCAUGAGCUCCUCGCUUCCCGUGCAAGAUCGCGAAAUCGCCUCUAUCAAGGAUCUCAAGAAGGGAGACAUUGUCCGAGGAUUUAUCAAGCGUGUGGACGACAAGGGCCUUUUCGUGACAGUCGGGCAUGAUGUGACUGCCUACGCCCGAGUUUCGGACCUUUCUGAUUCCUACCUGAAAGAAUGGAAGGACGGUUUCCAAGCGGGCCAGCUUGUUAAGGGCCGUGUCACCUUGGUGGAUGCAGAGAACAAUAAGCUUCAGAUCAGUUUGAAGGAAUCUGCUUUAGACCCCAACUACAAGGCCCCCGUCACUCUUCGUGAGCUCAAGCAAGGCGACAUUGUGACUGGUAAGGUUCGCAAGGUCGAAGAAUUCGGUGCAUUCAUUGUCGUGGACGGAUCCGCCAAUGUGAGUGGUCUUUGCCACCGUAGUGAGAUGGCCGACAAGCGUGUUGAGGAUGCUCGCACCCUGUAUGACGAGGGUGAUGCCGUAAAGGCGAAGAUCAUCAAGAUCGACCACGAGCAGGGCAAGAUCUCUUUCUCUCUCAAGGCUUCCCACUUCCAAGAUGAGGACGAGGAAGACAGUGAUGAAGAGAUGGGCGAGGCUGCCGGUAUCGAUGUGGAAGAGGACGAUGAAGACGACAAUGAAGAUGAUACUGAUGACGACGGCGUCGCUAUAUCCGGUACCAAGCCCUCUAAGGAGGGUGGUCUCGGUGCCAGCGGGUUCGACUGGAGUGGUAAUGUGCAAAAUGACGAAGAUGUCGACAUGGCCUCCGAAGAUGAAGAAAAGACCCAGAGGAAGAAGAACCGCAAGCCGCAGAUCCAGGAAGAUCGGACUGGUGAUCUAGAUGCCAACGGUCCUCAAACCGUGGCUGAUUAUGAGCGUUUGCUGCUGGGUGAGCCAGACUCUUCAUUGCUGUGGCUGCAGUACAUGGCAUUCCAGCUGGAGCUCGGUGAGGUUGAGAAGGCACGCGCUAUCGCGGAGCGGGCUCUGCGUACCAUUGCCAUGGGACAAGACGCUGAGAAGCUCAACAUUUGGGUGGCAUUAUUGAAUUUGGAAAACACCUACGGCGACGACGACAGCUUGGAAGAAGUCUUCAAGCGCGCCUGUCAAUUCAACGAUACUCAAGAAAUCUACGACCGGAUGAUUAGUAUCUAUAUUCAGUCUGGCAAGAACGAGAAAGCGGAUGAUCUCUUCCGAGAGAACAUGAAGAAGAAGAUCUCUACUCAGUCGCCGAAGUUUUUCCUCAACUAUGCCAGCUUCUUGUUCGAUACUUUGGCUGCCCCCGACCGUGCCCGCGGCUUGCUCGCGCGCGCCCUGCAGUCACUGCCCCCGCACACGCACGUUGAGACGACCUCUAAAUUCGGCCAGCUAGAGUUCCGCUCCCCCAACGGCGACGUUGAGCGCGGCCGUACCGUGUUUGAAGGCCUUCUUUCAUCAUUCCCCAAGCGCAUUGAUCUGUGGAAUGUGCUCAUUGAUCUCGAGAUCAAGGUUGGCGACGCAGAGCAAGUCCGCCGAUUGUUCGAGCGGGUUCUUGGUCUGCAGAACAAGAAGGGUGUGAUUAGCGUGGAUUCCAGCAAGAAGCUCAAGCCUAAAAAGGCAUCUUUCCUUUUCAAGAAAUGGCUCGCCUUCGAAGAGAAGCUCGCUGCGCAGGAUGGCGGCAAUGAAAAGAUGGUGGAGGAGAUCAAGGCACGGGCGGCCGCCUAUGUCAAGUCCCUCCAACAGGAUUCAUAG